AUGAAGUUCAUGAAGCUUGGAUCGACUCCGGAUACCUUUCAGGACGAUGGGAAUGAAGUCAGUAUUGCAGCAUCUGAAUUGGUGAGCGACGUCACUGUUCGUAUAGGGACUACAAAGUUUUACCUUCACAAGUUUCCGCUCCUAUCCAAGUGUGCUCGCUUUCAGAAGUUGAUUCCAACUACUGGUGAUGAAAAUAUUGAGAUCCACAUCCAUGAUAUUCCUGGUGGUGCAAAGGCUUUUGAGAUCUGUGCCAAGUUUUGCUAUGGCAUGAUUGCCACACUCAAUGCCUACAAUGUGAUUGCAGCCCGCUGUGCUGCAGAGUACUUGGAGAUGAAUGAGACUGUUGACAAGGGCAAUCUGAUCUACAAGAUUGAUAUCUUCCUCAGCUCAAGCAUAUUCCGGAGCUGGAAAGACUCUAUUAUUGUUCUUGGUACAACAAAGGCUCAUUUACCUUGGGCAGAGGAACUUAAGCUGGUUAGCCACUGCAUUGACUCUGUUGCUUCAAAAGCCUCUAUUGAUGUUUCAAAAGUUGAAUGGUCUUACACAUACAAUCGUAAGAAGCUCCCAACUGAGAAUGGCCAUGAUUCGCCAUGGAAUGGAAUCAAGCAGCAGCAGUUUGUUCCGAAGGAUUGGUGGGUCGAAGAUCUGACAGAUCUUGACAUUGAUGCCUACAAGCAAGUCAUAACAGCAAUCAAAACCAAGGGUAUGGUCCCCAAGGAUGUGAUCGGUGAGGCAAUUAAAGUCUACACUUACAAGAAGCUUCCAUCACUAAGCAAGGUCUCAAUGAUCCAUGGCGAUGCAAAAGUUCGGGCUAUGCUAGUUACCAUCACAUGCCUGUUGCCAUCUGAGAAAGGUUCAGUUUCAUGCAGCUUCCUCUUAAAGCUACUGAAGGCAACAAAUUUGCUGAAGUGUGGAGAGAUGUGCAGGAAAGAGCUUAUGAAGCGCAUUGCACGGCAAUUGGAAGAAGCAUCAAUGUCAGAUCUUCUGAUCCCUACAGUGGAUGGGGAUACCACUGUUUACGACAUUGACCUGAUUCUUAGCAUUGUUGAAGAAUUUGUCAGACAAGAUAGUAAGAAUGCCCAGAGACACAAUGGUGGUGAAGUGAAUGACCAUGUAUCAGCUCCUAGUGCAUCAAUGAUUACAGUGGCCAAAAUUGUUGAUGGAUAUCUCGCAGAGGUUGCAAAGGACCCAAAUAUACCGGUCUACAAGUUCUUCAGUCUAGCUGAGACAGUUUCGGCCAAUUCAAGGCCGGUGCAUGAUGGGCUCUAUCGCGCCAUUGAUAUGUACCUGAAGGAGCACCCAGGCUUGGGCAAGAGCGAUAAGAAGAGGCUCUGUGCUCUCAUGGACUGCAAGAAGUUGUCGCCCGAUGCAUGCGCUCAUGCCGUGCAGAACGAGCGCCUGCCUCUGAGGAUUGUGGUGCAGGUGCUGUACCACGAGCAGACAAGGGCUUCUGCAGCAGCCACCAUCCGAGCUGACAGCAUCGGCAUCGGCUCCUACGAGAGCUCAAGGUCAGGGGCCACAACAAACACAGAAGACGAGUGGGACGGCGUCAUGGCCGUGGAAGACCUCAGUCUGUCCAAGACCACGAAGCUAGACAAAUGUGACACAGCCAGCACCGUGGUGGAGAAGAACCACGGUGGCAACAAGGGUGCCAACGGCAGGGUGAAAGGUGGCGCGACGUCAAAGAAGGCGCUCGGGAAGAUGAUGUCAAGCAAAGGGCAGGCUGGGGAGCGCAGCAGCUCGGAUUCAUCCGACAGCGCCAUCUUGCCGAGCCAGGAGCAUCCCAAGAGGACCCCCGCAAGGAGUACCACCAAGUCAGCUGCCGCUUAG